ACUAGUAACAACGCGCGUAGUUACUCCGGCUAGCUGCUGCAGCUCGAUCAACAACAACCUCAGUCUUCUACGAGUGACAAUUCGCUCUUCAAAAAUUACAAAAAUGUCUCAACAAGGAGCCGCAUUACAAUCGUACAAUAACGAACUUGUGAAAUGUAUCGAGGAGCUGUGUACAAAGCGUGACGACGUCCACAAGCAGAUUGUGGCAGAGGAGGAUGAGAAACAGAAGAUCCAAGCCGACCUGCGCAUCCUGACGGAGAAGCUGUCCAAAGUCAACGAGGGCCUGGCCAAGAAGAUCGCAACAAGGAACGAUUACGAUAAGACCAUCGCCGAGACGGAGGCUGCCUACAUGAAGAUUAUUGAGAGUUCUCACUCGCUACUCAACGUCUUACAAAGAGAAGCCUCCGUGCUGAAGGACAAGGGGGUUCCGGGGUUUGCAAACAGCCCCUCCACGUAACCCUGACAAGCCCCGCCUCCUGAACAAUGACAGACAUUAUAGCACAGUGUAUGGUGAGAGGUCAAAGGUCAGCCUUGUGGAUGUGCGUCAAGCCUCAAUUCUAGAGUGAUUCUGAACGUUGCAUGUUUCGUCCUGUGGAGUGAAACAACAAGCAUCUCAGCAUAUUGGGUGGCAUACUGAACAAGAAAACGUGAAGUGAAGUAUGUGGAUUCGAACCUGUGACCGCAGAACGGCAAGCAUUCUCUAAAUGGACUCACGGACUUCGGUAUGCUUUCGUAGGAAUGUAAUCUACAUAGGAAUGUAUAAAUUGUGUUUAUAUUUCUUGUGUACAUUCUUCUUUUGCUCAGUCUGUAUUUUUUUUCCCAUUGAGAAAGGCAUCCAUGCUCUCAUGUGUCAAUGUUCCUUUAACGAAAACGUGAUUAAUCCAGAAUUAUUAGCUUUGGGCAUAAAAUUCAUCUAUGAUCCUUUCUUACAUGACCGAUUCAGAAGGUCAUUAACCCUAACCACCCCAACUCCAUCAAAAUCCAUCCCCCCAUUUUGGAGGAUUUUGGGG